UUUAGUAUAGCAAUAACCUUCUAGGAGUAACCAUCGGAAUUAAACUUAGUAACCUGCGGAAAUAAGAGCACGCGUCGACCGAAUUUUUGUAUCGCCAUGGGUUGGUCACCGUUGAUGAUUAAAUAUCUAGCGUUCCUGUUCAAUUUUCUUUGUGCGGUGCUGGGAAUCGCAACUAUCGUUAUCAAUGUAAUCGCAAUUGAGAAAAUAGAUCCGAGGGAUCAACUCAUUUUGGGCAUAUACAUCGCUGUUGGUUCAAUCGUAUUUCUGCUUUCGUUCUUCGGAUGUUUCGGUGCCAUUAAGGAGAGUAUCUGUAUUACCUGGGCUUACGCCAUCUCCAUGCUGGUAAUGCUGAUCAUCUCUAUAGUCCUGCUAUUUGUUUUUCGCAUGCAUUUUGAUGAGGCCUCUCUUACUAAAUUAAAGCAGGCCUUUGGGCAGCAGACGGCCGACUACGAUGCAAUGGCUGAGUUCCAAACACUAUAUGAAUGCUGUGGCAUCAACAAAUUAAAGGAUUACACCGACGCCUCUAUACCUCUUCCUAGUAGCUGUUUUGACAAAAACGAAACCCCUUAUAAAGACGGCUGUCGGUCAAAAAUGGAGACCCUACACGAGGAACUGCUGACGGGUCCCAGGAUUGUUGGCUGGACGCUUAUGGUCAUGGAGAUCGGUGCCUUUACAUUCACCACCAUUUUGGGAGUAACUUUCAGAAACGAACAGCGGCGUUUAGAGUAUUGAAGAAUCUGACUAUUUCACUAGUUGAUAUUAUAAAGAUAAUAAUAAUAUUCUUGCUUCUAGCGAAUUCUGUAUAUACUUGUUAGUCGAAUGUAAUGUUCACCUCUUAUGAUACUUAAAAAACUAAAUUGUAAAUAAUACAUAUAAUGCGUUGCUUGAAAAGCAUAUUAAUUCAAAAGAAGUUAUCAAAAUAAUCAUUUUGAAUAAUACGGAGCGAUGCAUUGCAAAAUAUAAAAACCACAAGACCACUUGUGACUAAGUCGAUCUGAUUGGUAAGCUUCCUAAUUAAAGAUCCUAUGUUAAAUAAUUUGAUUUAAUGAAUCAAAAACAAACUAAAGCUAAGUUUUACAAAUUCGUGAAAAAAUCUGUAGACUGGUUCGCAACAUAUAGCUUUGAAAUAUUGGAUUUCGGAGUUCUGCCAAAAAUGCCUAUGUAUUGCUUUUCCAAAU